AUGGCAGCCCGGAAUGGCAGUUGGCUGACGCCGAAGAAUGAACCUCCUCCCUUCGGCAUGGUGGCCGCGAGGCCCACUCCCCGAGAUCUGCUGUAUGUCUCCUCCUUCACUUCCGCUUGCAGGAGGAGCACUGUGGCGAUGACGUUCCAUAUCUGGCGGGCGUGCAGCCGUCACCACGGUCAGAUGCGACGACGACUCGUCGUCAAGGACUGGUUCAACUCGAGCGGGAGGAUUGUCUACAGAUGCUUCUCAGCGUGGGCCGUCCUGAUCUUUUGCACGGAAGGUGGGGCUGGAGUUUCCAGCCAGCAGGUGGUGGCCAAGGAGUCCAGGGCGUCGCUAUGGGACGACG